UAUGAGUGAUAAAAAUUGUUUUGAACCUAUUUGUGAAAAGGAAGACAUUCUCAAUUUUAAAUCCAAAAAGAAAUCUAAGCUUUAAUUUGAAGAUGAAUAACCAAUUCAAGAAUGUCCAUUAAAUAGGGCUACUUAUGGAAAUUAUACUUGGAAUAUGUUGCAUACUACAGCAAUCUAUUAUCCAGAUGAACCUACUUUGGAAUAAUAAUAGAAAAUGAGAAAUUUCUUUGAUGCGAUUGCUGAGUUUUAUGCUUGUAAACAUUGUAAAGCUCAUUUUCAAAAGGAUAUAUUAAAAUGUAAAUGGUAUGUUAAUGUAUAUUAGAUCCUUCAUAAGUAACAUCAAGGAAAGAUCUUUCGAUUUGGUUAUGUUAGAGACAUAAUGAUGUGAAUUAAUAACUUGGCAAAGUACAAUUUGAUUGUAGUUUUGAAAAUCUUGAGAAGAGAUGGAGAACAGGAUGUUAAUGA